AUGGUGUUUAAGGCAGAAAGAUACGUCGACAUCCCAACAAAAGAUAUUCUAUCUUAUAUCUUCGAUAAACCUGAAUAUGACCAGAACAAGCCGAUAUACAUCGACGUUCAUAACCCAUCGCGAUCCAUUUCAUGCAACCAGGCUCGCAGCAUCAUUCGAAAACUCAUCGCGGGAUUCAGAGAAGCUGGUGUAAAGGAAGGAGACUGUGUUGCUAUACAUUCUUUCAAUGAUAUUCUAUAUUGCAUGCUUGUACUUGCAAUCAUCGGUGUUGGUGGUGUCUAUACCGGCACCAAUCCGACAUAUACAACAGCGGAAUUGUCCCAUCAUAUCAAGACAUCAAAGAGCAAAUUUCUGAUUUCCGAACCUGAGAUAUUGGAAUCGCUACUAGGGGCUGCAAAAGAAAACAAUGUUCCGUUACACAAUAUCUGGGUAUUUGAUCCUCUUGGACAACCGAUUCCUUCUGGUCACAUAUCAUGGAGAGAGCUACUGAAUUUUGGGGAGCAGGAUUGGGUGCGUUUUGAUGAUGCUCAGAACUCUAAAAGCAGACCUGCUGCAAGACUGUUUAGCAGUGGAACAACUGGCCUACCUAAGGGGACAAACCUUACGCACUACAAUCUGAUUUCACAGCAUGAGCUUACGACUAAGGCACACCCAAGACCACAUGCUAUUUCUCGGGUCGUUGCGUUACCCAUGUUUCACGCUGCUGCCGCUCCAUCAACAAACGUCAGUGCAUUAGCGGGCGGUGAAAUCAUCUAUAUGAUGCGCCGAUUUGAGCUGCAGACUUUCUUGAGAGCAACUGAAAAGCAUGGAGCAACUGAGAUGGCAGCCGUGCCACCAAUCGUGCUGGCCAUUGUUAUGUCACCAUUUUCUCGCACACGUCCAUUUAUGAAAAGUAUCCGAGCUGUUAGUUGCGGUGCUGCACCAUUGGACAAGGGUCUUCAGGCUAGGCUAUUGGAGUUGCUAGAGCCAGGUGUGCCAUUUAAUCAAGUGUGGGGAAUGACAGAGACUUCAUGUGUUGCAACUAUGUUUGGAUACCCUGAAAAGGACGAUACAGGCUCUGUCGGGCGGUUAAUACCAAAUCUUGAAGCUAAACUCAUUGAUGAUGACGGAAAUGAUAUUUCAGCCUACGGCGUCCGCGGCGAGAUUUGCGUUCGAGGACCGACUAUUAUUCCUGGUUAUUUCGAGAACCCGAAAGCCAAUGCUGAAAGUUUUGACAAGGACGGCUAUUUCAAAACUGGCGACAUAGGAUACUGUGACGAGGCGACUCGCAAAUGGUAUAUCAUUGACAGGAAGAAAGAGCUUAUCAAGGUCCGCGGGUUUCAGGUUGCCCCCCCUGAGCUCGAAGCCGUCCUACUUUCUCAUCCUCAGAUUAUCGAUGCAGCAGUCAUCGGAGUACCGCAUCCAAGUGGUGAUGGGGAGGCCCCACGCGCUUACAUCGUUCGGCGACCUGGGCCUGAGGGCGAAAGGUUGACGGAAGAAGUCAUCAAAACUUAUUUAAGUGGCAGGCUAUCGAAGUACAAAGCUUUGGUUGGUGGCGUCAAAUUUGUUGAUGCUAUUGCAAAGAACGCCAGUGGCAAGAUUCUGAAGAGGCUUUUGAGAGAAGCCAGCAAAAAGGAACUCGAAGCUGCCUUGAACAAACCAAAACUUUGA